UUUCCGGUAACAGAUCAAACAAGAUGGCGUCUAGCAGUGGGUCAAAUAAAAACGACUUCCGUCGAAAAUGGGACAAAGACGAGUACGAGUCCCUCGCUCAGAAACGUCUGGCAGAGGAGAGGGAUCUCGAAAAGAGAGAUGGAAAAAUUGCUCCACCGGUCAAGCGGGAACUCCUGCGUCACCGAGACUACAAGGUGGACCUGGAGUCCAAGCUGGGGAAGACCAUCGUCAUCACGAAGACAACUCCUCAGGCGGAGAUGGGCGGGUAUUACUGUAAUGUGUGCGACUGUGUGGUGAAGGACUCCAUCAACUUCCUGGAUCACAUCAACGGAAAGAAACAUCAGAGAAAUCUGGGGAUGUCCAUGCGAGUGGAGCGAUCAUCUCUGGAUCAGGUGAAGAAACGUUUCGAGGUCAAUAAGAAGAAGCUGGAGGAGAAGCAGAAGGAGUAUGAUUUUGAGGAGCGCUUGAAGGAGCUGCGGGAGGAGGAGGAGAAGGCAAAGGCCUACAAGAAGGAGAAGCAGAAGGAGAGGAAGCGGCGAGCCGAGGAGGAUCUGGACUUUGAGGAGGACGAUGAGAUGGCGGCUGUGAUGGGUUUCUCUGGUUUUGGAUCGUCCAAGAAGAGUCACUGAUGCUCACCUGCAGACCGGAAACCAGUUCAUAGAGACUUUGUGAUGUGGAGGAAACUGAUAAUAAAAACAUAGAGAGGAGGGGUCCCAGUGGAAGCAUCGCCCUGCUCCAGACUUCAUUCACAGCCAGACUCUUAUUUUGGUAAUUUGACCCGUGUUUCUGUAAUGGGAUGAAGAGUCUUUAGGUGUCUGUUUAAAGCAAAGCUGCAGCUCACAUGUGAGACAGGAAGCAGCUCUGAACUGGUGAUGGAUCAGCAGUGGAGCUGAAGGAAGAGACUUAAGAGGGAAUAUGGACCAAGAUCUACAGAACUUUCCUUCAAGACAAAAGUCUGACUGACUCAUCUCCGUUUAUCUGGCUGUAAAAGUUUUACUUUGAUCGACUGCUUUGCCACUGACUGGGUUUUUCCACUUCUGGAU